AUGCAACAAAGAAAACGAAUUCAAAUACCUAUUCCGAGAGAGGCUCAACUUAAAUAUAUGCAGAAUAAAAGACAAAUGAAAGAUAUUGAAACUUUCCAAGUUACUGCUCUUCUAACAUUAUUAUCUCCAUAUUGUGGAUUUGUUCUUGAAUAUCCAAGAAAACAAACAAUAGUUACUGCAACUUUACCGUUAGUUCAAUCACUUGUUUUUCCAAAUGAAACAAUUAACUUAGGAGAAUUAGCAGAAAAUGUAUGUCGUCCAGCCUUCGAAUUGAAUUUGAAGAAAGGAAUGAAACGAGAUAGUGCUAUUAGAAGAUAUGAAAAAAAUCGAAGAACGUUUAUCCAUAACUUCCUGUUUGAUAUUCUCUUAGAAAAGUCAUACUUUUUUAAUUCUAAACUCUCAAGAAAAACAAUGAAAACUUUUAGAUUUGAACGAAUUGAAACAAUAUUUUUCGAACAAAAACCAAUUCUCAACUUUGAAGAAAUGAUUAUUCUUGGUAAAAAUGCUAUGUCUUUUUUUGCUAAUUCGUUUAAUGAAGAAAGAAGUAUUUAUAUAGACCAAAAUAAUACAACAUUAUUAUCUUUACAUCCCCUUUUCAACACCACUUGUUCAUUACAUAAUUAA